UCGCUGCGCGCGCGCGCCAGUGCUCGAGAGACUCUCCGCGGCUCAGCACGCGUCGACACGUUGUGCUCGCGUACAGAGAAGAAAGCUGCAGUAUCAGGAAAGAGAGCGCGUUCAUCGAUAUUACAGGCUUCGCAUAUAGCAGCGAUAGAGUAAGCUCGAAAAUGUACAAGUGAGACUGUACGCUCGUGCUACAGCCGCGGCGGGCGGCAGACAUGGCGAGCUCCGAUGCAUCGUCCUCGAGAUCCGCAGUAGCAGCAGCAGCAGCGGCAGCCGUCGAGACGAGUGUUGUUGUUAGCGUAGUUGUGCCUCGCUCACUCUAGCCGUGUACGCGCUGGAGAGAGCUGGAGCCGGGGGGCUGGGGGUCGUCCUCGGAAGUAGUGCAACGGUAGGCCUGCACCUGCUAGAGCAGGCGCAGACAUGCGCCUAUGCUCAGCCAGCGACGGGAGCCGAGCAGAGCCAGCUCCUUGUGCUCCAGCAGCAUAGCGGCCUGAGUCCGGCUAGCGAAGCAGCACAGCAACAGACGACGAGGACGACGAGGACGACGACGGCGACGACGACGGCGAUCAUGACGCCGACCUCGGCGCCGGCGGCCGUCGCUGCCAGUCCCAACAAUCCCGUGGCCAUGAGCCAGCUCGGCACCGUCUACGCCACCAAGAGACGUCGGCGCAACGGCAAGAGCCUGAAGCCGCCGCAGAAGGACGGCGUGACCAAGUCGAACCCGAGCAAGCGGCACAGGGAGCGGCUGAACGCCGAGCUGGACACCCUGGCAUCGUUGCUGCCCUUCGAGCAGAACAUCCUCAGCAAGCUCGACCGACUCAGUAUCCUCAGGCUGAGCGUCAGCUACCUCCGUACCAAGAGCUACUUCCAAGUUGUGAUGCACAAGGACAAGGAGGAGAACUCGCAUCACGAUUCGCAUUACCGUACCCGCGAGCUGGCCACUCUCGCCGCUUACGACCACCAGCACCUCGACGGUGAAAUGUUCCUGCAGGCGCUGAACGGCUUUCUGCUGAUCCUGACCUGCGACGGCGAGGUCUUCUUCGCGACCCACAGCAUCGAGAGUUACCUAGGCUUCCACCAGUCGGACAUAGUACACCAGAGCGUGUACGAGCUGGUGCACAGCGAGGAUCGCGAGGAGCUCCAGCGGCAGCUCAUGUGGAAUUCGUUUUUACCGGCCGAGUCGGCCAGUCUGGCGCUGCACGAGACGCUUACGCCUCAGUACGGUCACCUGCUCGAGCGCAGCUUUACCGUGAGGUUUCGAUGCCUACUCGACAACACGUCCGGAUUUCUCCGACUGGACAUAAGGGGCCGCGUGAAGAUCCUCCACGGCCAGAACCGUAAAACGGAGGAGCCGCCUCUGGCGCUGUUCGCCCUCUGCACACCGUUCGGACCGCCGUCGCUGCUCGAGGUGCCGCAGAAGGAGGUCAUGUUCAAGAGCAAGCACAAGCUCGACUUGGCCCUCGUUUCCAUGGACCAGCGAGGCAAGAUGCUGCUCGGCUACUCGGACUCGGAACUUGCCAACCUCGGCGGCUACGACCUCGUGCACUACGACGAUCUCGCUUACGUUGCCAGCGCCCACCAAGAAUUGUUGAAGACCGGUGCUUCCGGAAUGAUAGCCUACCGCUUCCAGACCAAGGACGCAGGCUGGCAGUGGCUGCAGACGAGUUCGCGGCUGGUCUACAAAAAUUCCAAGCCGGACUUCGUCAUAAGCACGCACCGACCGCUCAUGGAGGAGGAAGGCCGAGACUUGCUGGGCAAGCGGACGAUGGACUUCAAGGUCAGCUAUCUGGACGCCGGUCUCACGAACAGCUACUUCUCCGACAGCGACAGUCUGGGCGGCACCGGCUCCUGCAUCGGAUCCCAGAUAUCGACUCAGUCCCAACAGCAGACCCAACAGCCGCAGCAGCAAUCCCAGCAGCAGCAGCAGCAGCAGCAGUCGCCUCAACCUCAGCAGGCGCAGAGAGUGAACCGACGGUACAAGACGCAGCUCCGAGACUUCCUGUCCACGUGUCGUAGCAAGCGGACGAGCAAACUGGCGAAUCAACAGUCCGCGGCAGCAGCAGCAGCGGCGGCGGCGGCGGCAGCGGCAGCCGCGCAGUUGUCUCCGCUGUCCCCAGCGACAAUGGGUGGCACCCCCACGGCGGCCAGUACCGCGAGUGUCGGUAUGGGUGUCGCGCCUGUGGACUAUCUCGGAGCGGCCGCAGUUGCGGACAGUAGUGCGGCUGCGGCGGCGGUAGUUGCCGCUGCGGCUUACGGGAACCUUAACAGUAUGUAUCCGGGCGCGUCUUACGCGCCGACGGCAGCGGCUGCGGGUCCCGAACCCGCGCUCACCUCUUACAUAGGACACACCGGAGGCUAUCACCAUCAGGGCCUCUACUCCCCUGCGACGCUCGAUAACAGGUACCUGACGGCGACGGAGAACCUCUUCCAGUAUCGACCGCUGGGCAGCUACUAUCCGGAGUACCACGCGACCACGGGCUACAACGGCUUCAUCGACGCGGUCUCGUUGCCUCCGACCUACGAAAGUCACCAGCAGCUCACGGCCACCGCGGCUGACUCGCCCAAGUACGGCUACGCGGACGUGCGAAAUACCGCCGGUUAUGCCCUGAGCAGUCCCGUGCACCAACAGCAACAGCAACACCACCAUCAGCAUCACCAGCACCAUCCGCAGCAGCAACAGCAGCACUCUUCCGAGCCCAACCUCGCCGUCAGCGCCGCAACGAUCAGCGGUUCUCGGGCCGGCAGCAGACACUCCUUGGAGGCCGCAUCCGUAUCGUCCAAUUCAGCGGGUAGCUCUCCUGUGACCAACAGUAGCAACAACAACAAUAACAAUGGAAUGCUGACUCCGAAGCUCGAGGACGUCAAGCCCGAUGUCUACAACAGUGAGACUGGGCUCAGGCAAACGGUGCUCAUGUGGGGCGCGCCACCGUCCUCGAGGACACCGCCCACCAGGAGCAACGGAAGCUACAGUCCCCCGACACCUAAUCGCGCUGGUCUCGAUUCUCGAUCCGACCCGCUGAAAAGCCUGCAGGAGAUGAACUCGAUCAACGGCGAGUGCAAGUGGAAGCGCUCCUCGCCGGUCGAUGCGCCGAGUCCUCCUGGAGUCCGCGUUGUCUUGGCCUCCAAGCUUCAUCAGCAACAGCAGCAACAACAGCAGCAGCAGCAGCAGCAGCAGCAGCAACAACAACAACAACAACACUCGCACCAUCAGCCCCAGCAACAGUAUCCGGUGGUGACGUCGGCGCACUACGGCACGGGCGUUUACCAAAACGAGGCUAGCCAGAACCCGGGCGCCGUCAGCGAGGUAUGGCAAGGAGCACAGCAUCACUAUCACCAGUAUUAUCCCUACCACAACCAUUCUACUACCACCGCACUACCACCACCACCAAUUCCAUUAUCAUCACCACCGUCGACACCGCCACGGCACGCCUCUCAUGUACCAAAGACUCCGAAAUGUAAUAACGCCUUUCUACUGGAACAGACUUGUACAGUAGGUGAUGAUGACUUCAUGUCGCAGCACGUUAUCGCCAGCAACGGCAACGGGUCGGGCCACCUCGAGCAGCGACAUGUCCGCGGUACCGGACAGCAACAGCAUCGUCAGCAGCAGCAGCAGCAGCAGCAACAGCAACAGCAACAGCAACAGCAUCAGCAGCGGCUCAUACUGUCGACCGCGAGUGGGAGAAUCGAUCAGCUCGGCGAUGCCUGCCUCGCGGAUCACAAACCGGACGCCGGCAGUCCUUUGCUGUCCAUCUCCGAGGUGACCAAUACGCUGCUUAACCAAUAGGUCGGCUAUUGCAAUAAAUACACGUCGUAGAGAGUAAAAGGAGCUUGCUGCAGCUCUCGUUCGUAGAAAUGAUGACGCGACUUGAUGAUGUAUGUAUCAUACACGCGACGAGGCGGACGAGGCGACGAAUCACCCCAAUUGUAAUAUAACGAUCGCAUUGUGUCUUCAUUCCAACGCGGAUUAGGAUGUCGAUAUUCGAAAAUUCUUAUCUUUCUCCUUCAAGUAUAUACAUAUUAUGUACGUAUCGCACUGCGCAAAUCGUAUAUCAUAGAGAGGUGCGUAAACAUUAUAUACGCCUGUACGACAACGAAGACAUAUAAGGACGCAAGCAGUAUCCGACAUUUCCCUUUUACUUUGUAACUUCCUUCACGUUGUCUUCAUUCACGGUAUACAUAAUAGGAUAUAUAUUAUACGAUAUACAUAUCUGUUCUUUGAAACGCGACAAAAUGAAAUACGCAUUCUGUGAUAUGUGUUAGCUAAUUUAAUUCCAAUCAUCAAAAGUGAAAUUUGGUGUUGGCUCUCUAUCUCUCUCGCUCCCUCUCUCUUUCUAUCUCUGUAUCGUACUUUGGUUUAGCUGUGUAUAAAAAAAAAAAAAAAAAAAAAGACGAAAGAAAUAUGAAAAAAGCCAGAGGCUAUAUAAUUGUAAAAUCAAACGAUAUCGCAACAAAGUGCGAGAACAAGGUUCGUAAGCGAGGAAUAUAGUUGAGUUACAAAGGGAAAACACGUACAAUAAUUAAAAAAAAAAAGGAUAGCGCGAGUUCGUUUGGUCGGAGUAUCGUGUCUUGCCAAUAAUUUUGUUAAUAAGUUUGUAAUUUUGUGUACUUAAUCAGUUUAUACGCCUGUGUUUAUGUACGUGCAGUAUGUAGACGUUGUUAGCCAAGCUAGAUGAGACUUCCACGAAAGCCUUACGUAAAAUAUCUUUCAAGAAUACUACUAAUAGUGAUACGUAACGAUUGAAACGCGAAUGUGUGAAUGAGAGAGAGGGCGAAAUUUCACUACGCGAAAAAAAAUAAUAAAAAGAAAGAUAGAGAAUAAUUCAGAAUGGUAUGUACAUUCCAAUAUGUAUUUGUAUUUGUAAAUGUAAUUUAUACUCUAGGGCGUCGGUGCAGAGACGACGCCCGAAUUACCAUUAGCAGCUAGUGAACAAUUAUGCGGAUCGAAAGAAAAUGGAGACAAAUUGUACAAUAUACAUAUGACGCAAUCACUAGCCGAAUUUGGUCUUCUACAUAAAUAUACAUAUCCAGUUUAUCAAUUUAUGCGAAUGAAAUUCGCGAAUCAGUCUCUAUUUCUUCGACAUUUUUUAUCUCGUAUCUUAUUAACGCUCUUGUGAAUUAUAGAGUCUCUCUUUCUCUCGAAACGCUAUUGACGAGAGAAUCUAAUGAAUUAUUCUGUUGUAAUCCACUAACGAUAAGUACUCAAAUCUAGUCCUCAUACAAUGCGAAUUGAAUAGUUAUGAUUAAUAAUUAUUAUUACGAUUAUUAUUAUUAUCAUCAUCAUUAUGAUCAUUAUUCUUAUCGAGAAAUUAAGAAAUCGUUUAAGAUGAAUAUUACACUUUAAACUUCGUCGUGCUUUAGCUGCGGUGAAUUCAUCGCUCGUUUCUACGCGGACGAUCGAUCCGUUAUACUCCAACGAUUGUACAUAGUUACAAAAAUUCAGUUCGCGUAAAAGUAAAACGGAUUGAUAUACGAUAUCAUUAGCAUAUUUAAAUGAACGACGGCUUCGAUCGGCGCUCCAGAAACGAGCGAGAAGCACUUUGCGCAGUCGAAGCGGGAUAUCGCUUUUAUUCACUCUAAGACAUGUAUUAUACAAUAAGUAAUAAAAGAAGAAAUGUAUACGGCCGAAAAGAAGCAAAAUCGAUCUCCUUUCUCAUAGCUAUAUAUUCUAGUAUCGA